AAGGGGCGGAGAGCGCGCUCCUGCGGAGGCGGCUGUGCUCAUCCCGGCGGCCAAGCGCUCCAGUGCUCGCCGGGCUUCGCAGAUGGCUUGCCCCGCUCUCGGUCUGGAAGCCCUUCAACCCCUGCAGCCCGAACCACCUCCGGAGCCUGCCUUCGCCGAGGCACAAAAGUGGAUCGAGCAAGUCACUGGCCGAAGUUUUGGUGAUAAAGACUUCCGGACAGGGCUAGAAAAUGGCAUCCUUCUUUGCGAGUUGCUGAAUGCUAUAAAGCCAGGACUUGUUAAAAAGGUCAAUAGAUUGCCUACCCCCAUUGCAGGAUUGGACAAUACCAUCUUAUUCUUGAGGGGCUGUAAAGAGCUUGGCCUUAAAGAAUCUCAACUCUUUGACCCAAGUGACCUCCAGGAUACGUCCAGCAGAGUCACUGUCAAGAACCUUGAUUAUAGCCGAAAGCUAAAAAACGUGCUGGUGACCAUUUAUUGGCUGGGGAAAGCGGCAAACAGCUGUGCAUCCUACAGUGGGACCACCCUGAACCUGAAGGAGUUUGAAGGACUGUUGGCUCAGAUGCGAAAGGAAACGGAUGACACUGAGAGCCCUAAGCGCAGCAUCCGAGACAGUGGCUAUAUUGACUGCUGGGACUCUGAACGCAGCGACUCCCUCUCUCCUCCUCGCCACGGCCGAGAUGACUCCUUCGACAGCCUGGAUUCUUUUGGCUCCCGCUCCCGGCAGACGCCUUCACCAGAUGUAGUUCUCAGGGGAAGCAGUGAUGGAAGAGGAAGCGACUCUGAACCCGACUUGCCGCACCGGAAAUUGCCGGAUGUAAAGAAAGAUGAUAUGUCUGCACGACGGACUUCCCAUGGCGAGCCGAAGUCUGCAGUGCCUUUUAACCAGUACCUCCCCAACAAAAGCAACCAGACCGCCUAUGUCCCGGCGCCUCUGAGGAAGAAGAAGGUGGAGCGGGAGGAGUACAGGAAGAGCUGGAGCACAGCUACCUCCCCCCUGGGCGGGGAAAGGCCCUUCAGAUACGGUCCGAGAACUCCUGUGUCAGAUGACGCAGAGAGCACGAGUAUGUUUGACAUGCGGUGUGAGGAGGAGGCAGCGGUGCUGCCGCACAGCAGGGCCCGCCAGGAGCAGCUGCAGCUGAUAAAUAACCAGCUGAGGGAAGAGGACGACAAAUGGCAAGAUGACCUGGCUCGUUGGAAGAGCCGUAGAAGAAGUGCUUCUCAGGACUUAAUCAAGAAGGAGGAAGAAAGGAAAAAAAUGGAGAAGUUGAUGUCUGGAGAGGAUGGGAUAAGCGAACGAAGGAAAAGCAUCAAAACUUACCGAGAGAUUGUCCAGGAAAAAGAGCGGAGAGAGCGGGAACUGCACGAGGCAUAUAAGAAUGCUCGGUCACAGGAGGAGGCUGAGGGGAUCCUCCAGCAGUACAUCGAGAGGUUCACCAUCAGUGAGGCUGUGCUCGAACGCUUGGAGAUGCCAAAAAUUCUGGAAAGAAGCCAUUCCACAGAGCCAAACUUACCUUCCUUUCCGAAUGACCCCAGCCCCAUGAAGUACUUGCGGCAGCAAUCGCUGCCCCCACCCAAGUUCACUGCCACAGUUGAGACCACCAUCGCUCACACCGGCCUCCCAGAGACCAGCGCAGCAGGCGGCAGUGGUUCCCCAAGCAAAACCAUCGCUCCCCAUGCAGUGCCUAUGCUGACACCCAAGCCUUACUCACAGCCCAAAAACUCUCAAGAGGUUCUGAAGACUUUUAAGGUAGAUGGGAAAAUCAGCAUGAAUGGAGACAUGGCCCACGGAGAUGAGGGAGAAAAGGAGAAAGAAGAGCCCAUGGCGGAACCGGACCCCUCCUUAACCAAAUCCCAGGUGUUUGAAGGCGUGGCCACAGUGCACGGUUCUCCUGUUCAAGUGAAGCAAGGCAGCAACAGCAUUGAGAUUAACAUCAAGAAGCCAGACUCCACUCCCCAGGAGCCGACAGCAGCCUCUGAUGAAACUGAGUCAAAUGGCCAAGAGGAUGAGAACGGUGAGGAGACACAGGACGUGGAGCCGACCUCAGCAGAGCCACGGCAUUUUACCACAACUGUGACCCGAUGCAGCCCGACCGUGGCCUUUGUGGAGUUGUCCUCCAGCCCACAGAGGAAAGCUGAGGUACCGGAAGAACAGGACCAGAAGAAGCCAGGAAAUGACAUGAGUGGGAAGGUAGAGUUGGUACUGUCACAGAAGGUGGUAAAGCCAAAAUCCCCAGAGCCAGAAGCAACCUUGACAUUUCCAUUUCUUGACAAAAUGCCUGAAACCAACCAACUGCAUUUGCCAAAUCUCAAUUCUCAAGCAGAUUCUCCAAGCAGUGAAAAGUCCCCUGUGACUACACCUUUUAAGUUCUGGGCGUGGGACCCGGAAGAGGAGCGCAGGCGUCAGGAGAAGUGGCAGCAGGAGCAAGAGCGUGUGCUCCAGGAGAGGUACCAGAAGGAACAAGAUAAGUUGAAGGAAGAGUGGGAAAAGGCCCAGAAGGAGGUGGAAGAAGAAGAGCGCAGGUACUACGAGGAGGAGCGCAAGAUAAUUGAAGACACCGUGGUCCCGUUCACUCUCUCCUCAAGUUCUGCAGACCAGCUGUCUACUUCCUCCUCUGUAACCGAAGGCAGUGGGACUCCGGUGAGACCACUGAUGAAAACCAAGUCUGACAUCAGUAACCUAAACCAGAAUAAGAUGGACUUGGAAAGCUGUCAAGACAAAGAAAAAGAGAGAAGACAGAAGCCACCUUUCCAGGAGAACGAUAGUGACUCGUUGCUCAAGGCUAGAGAAAGUGGUCCACCAGAGGAGGACAGCAUUAGCAGCCUAACUCAAGGGCCCUUGGCUCACUCCGAAGAGUCCAUGUCAAAAGGAAUCCAUCUGGACCAGCAGCCCCAGGCUGAGGCUGGGGCCCCACACUGUGUUACAAGCCCACAGCUAGCUCAGGAUCCACCUCAGAAUCAACAGGUAUCAAACCCAUCAUCAUACGUGUCAGAAGAUGUGAAGCCCAAAACCCUGCCCCUGGAUAAAAAUGUUAAUCAUCAGAUUGAGUCUCCGGGUGAAAGGCGGAAGAAAAGCCCUCGAGAGAACUUCCGGGCCGGGCCCCUGUCCCCCUGUUCUCCUUCCCCUCCUGGCCAGUCACCAAACAGGUAUAAGAGGUCUAUAAGUGGGAAGAAGCUGUGCUCCUCCUGUGGGCUCGCUUUGGGUAAAGGGGCCGCCAUGAUCAUCGAGACCCUGAAUCUCUACUUCCACAUCCAGUGUUUCAGGUGUGGCAUUUGUAAAGGACAGCUCGGAGACACAGUGAGUGGGACGGAUGUUAGGAUUCGCAACGGUCUCCUAAACUGUACCGACUGCUACAUGCGAUCCAGAAGUGCUGGCCAACCUACAACACUGUGAUGUGGUGGGGAGCUUCUGUAUCACUGAGCAUCAUUUUUUUAAGGGUGUCCAUUGGCAACUGCUUAAUUAAACCCCAAGACCAGGGGCUUCUCAGCAUUCAUCUACUUUCUGGAAGACUCUUCUACAAGGUGGUAUCUGCUCUUUUGUAUGUAGCACAAUGUUUGUGCUUUUUCUGGUUGGGGGCUGAUUUUUUUCUGCACUUGCCCAGUAUAUAAAGGAGAAUAUUGCAUUGUAAUGAUUCUAAACAGUUAACGAAAAAAAAGGUUUUAGCAUGGGCAGAGAGACUUAUGGCUGAAAAGUUGUUAUUCUCUUCUUCGGGAUAUAGCAGAAGGGUGCAAUAAACCUGUUGUGUUUUAGUAUUUCUAGAAAUUAAACAUGUUAUGUUUACAGAAUUGAGCUUCAGGAAGUGCAAGACAUGCCAACUUAAGACAGGAGCAUAAAGUGAAUGCAUUUCAGAAAAACCAGACACCCCAGAAAGCUCUGACUCUGAACUGUAACUUGUUUUUUAAUGCAAAGACACUAGUCUGAUAGUAUAUACUGUACUCCUGAAAACAUUUGUGUUACUUACCUUUGGGGGCAGAAAUCCUACCAAUAAACUCUCCCACUGCUAGUAUUAGAUUUUGUGUACCCUGGAAGUCAAGUCAUUGAUAGAGGCUGGUUCAGCAAAUGAAGAGAGUCCUUUCCAUACUGCUAGACUUCCAUAUUCUGUGAUAUUGUGCAAAGGUAGGAAGAAGCAAUAGACCAGCCAUUGUCUUCAGACUUACUAUCAAACCUCUGAGGAAGUAUAGUCUACCCUGACCGUGUGUCAGUGGCAGCCUGGAGGCUUGGGCUGCCUGCUUUCUCCAAGCACUGGGUUAGGGCUUUUUGAGGACUUGGUGUGAGGAUGUGGGUGUUAGGCAUCGAGGACAGUCUACCUUUAGCAAUGAGUACAUCUCACCCUUGCCUGCAAGUUUGCCUUGGGAGCUGACGCCCAGGUAUCCAAAGAGAAGCAUUAAGUCGAUCCUAACAGAAGCCAGAUGGCAUGGCGUGACCAGCCCGCAGCCUGCUCUGUAAGCAGCAGCAACCAAGGCGGACGGUGCCCUCCCACUCCCAUGGACCUGUGUGCGCCUUCCUUCUCCCACAUCGCCUUCUUUACUCUCAAGAAUUCUGGACCUGACCCGUGGAGUUUAGGAAGGGAUGCCUGCGGAGAUCUGGUUUGUUUCUCUGCCCUAUGUGAUAAGUUUCAGCGGGACGUGACAGGAUGAAAUGGUUAAACCAGCAUGACUUAGCUCUCCAGGCUGUUUUCCUUAAGACUGGGGAAAGGGGAACUAUUUAUUCUGCCUUAAAAGGAUGGCAACCAAGUAACGACGCUGUUAGGUGAAUGUAGACUACAGACACACUCCUAGUAGGCUAAUGUAGCAUAGAGAGAGAGCAGGUAGAUGUUUUUCUGUUAUGUAAAGCAAUAAUUUUUUCCGUGUCUUAUGGAGUAUGGCUAGCAGUUAUUUAUUUCCAUGCUAGACGGUUCUUUGCAUGUGGGUUCCUUAUAGGUGCAGGCAUCUCCUGGCCACUGGAGGCAUAUUGACCACUUUGCCAUUUGGACGAGCUGUUAUUGGAUUGAAAUUCACACAUCAUUUCAUUCAAAAUUGUGCCUUAGAAAAUGCAAAGCUGUUGCACAUAGCGAUGAAUGGCAGAUCCAGAACACCAAAGGGAAAUGACGUCACUUCCUAGUUCCCAUGAGUUCUCUCAAAGGUGUUUGCUGCUUUACAAGAAAAAAAAUAAAUAAAUAAAAGAUUUUAAAAGACAAAUAAAAAAAAGGAAAAAUUUAAAAAGAAAAAGAAAAGUUUUGAAAAUGUACAGAUCAAGUCCAAUAUUUUGAUGAAGCACCUGCAUGUUUUAUUAACUAUUUUAAUAAUGUGGAUGUUUACACUUUGCAUGAUAUUAACAGAGUACUUUACGAGAAGUGAUGCACAAAACAUGUACAAUAUGGUCAUUCAUAAGCAACUUUUAUAGAAUACUUUUUACAUGUGCGAGGCCAUCCAUUACAUCAGGAGCACAUGAGUAUUGCACAUUCUUCUGGUUUCACAAAGCCAUUUAUACAUAUUUCUUAGUGAGACACAUUGUACAUGCAUUGAAGCCAGACUGGAGUCAGGAGGAAUCAAGCCCCAUUCCCAAGUGGAGCGUGCUUUCCUGUAAUGAACACUAGUCACCAGCCUGGAGUAAUCUCCAGCAUUUUCUAAAUUCUAAUUGCCAACUGUUUCUAUUUCUAUUUGAUUUCUAUUUCAUUUAGAGCCAGUUACAUGGGUAGCUUCGGCAGACUAGAUCUUGUUGUUCUCCAAGGCGUAGAAGACUAUGAUCUAUUUCUCUUCAAAUAAUCUUUGAGAUCCCAGGAAAAAAAAUGCGCUGUUGUGUGGAGCUAUAAUGUAAAUGUGUUUGUUUAUAAACCAGACGGGGCAAGUGAGUGAUUUAUUGUUCCUGGGGGACUGUAGCUGAUUCUCCCCUGCAGACUUGGAAUGCUUCCUUCCCAAGAACAAGAAGGGUGACUCUGUUUCUCACUAGCAAACUUUGAUGACAUCUGUCCUUCUUUCUGUAUAGUAUCAUUAACAUGACCCGUAUUCCAGUUACCAUACGUGAUGUAAGAUUCAGUGAGCGGAAGUAAUCCACCUUUUGAUGUGAGUCCAUCCAAAGAUGUUCCUGUUCUGGGUGGGCAACAUUCUGUAUCAAUUACACUAACUUUCAUUUACAAUAUUUAUUCUAAAAAUGCCUCUGAGAAAUAGUUUAAAAAAAUUAAAAAUGAAAAGUUGUCUAAAAUGCAACAGCUUUUAUAGUAAAUGUACAUUUAUAAAUAAAAUACUCAAAUCCA